AUGACAGCCGAAAGUCCAGAGCUAUCUUCCAUUCGGUCCACCGACGAGGACAAGCCGGUGGACGUGGAGGCCACAGCAGAAAUUGGCAAUGUGACCGAGAAGAAAGACCCCAAUCUAGUCGAAUAUGACGGCCCAGAUGACCCGGGCAACCCUCAAAACUUCUCGACCGUCAAAAAGGUGUAUAUUGCUGGCAAUCUGGCUAUGUUAACAUGCAUGUCCACCUUCGCGUCAUCUGUAAUGAGUCCGGGCGUGUCUGAUAUCGCCAUAGAGUUCGGCGUCUCAGCUGAAGUUGCAAUUCUUUCGACUGCACUAUUUGUGCUUGGCUUUGCAGUUGGGCCUAUGGCCUUUGGUCCAGCUUCUGAAGUGGUCGGUCGCAAGUAUCCCAUGACUGUAGGAGUGUUUGUCUUUGCAAUUUUCGCGAUUCCCGUAGCUGUGGCCAAGAAUGCAGCGACGAUUUUUGUCUGUCGUUUCAUUGCGGGCGUUUUUGGAGCUGCGCCUCUAGCCAUUUCGGGCGGAACGCUUGCUGAUAUUUUUGAUCCCAUUUCCCGUGGAAUUGCGGUUGCCGGAUUCGCCAGUGCGACAUUUCUUGGACCAGUUUUGGGACCAAUUGUGGGAGGAUUUAUCACCAUGUCACACCUGGGUUGGCGCUGGACGCAAUGGCUUACGCUGAUCCUUGCUCUCUUCUUUCUUCUGGUCUACUUUUUUACGGUUCCCGAGACCUACGCCCCUGUGCUGCUCACACGACGAGCCAAGAAACUGCGACGUGAGACCGGAAACAUGGCGCUGCAUUCAUUGACAAGUGAACGAAAGAUUAAAAUCAGCGAUAUGGGUCGCAUUUAUGUUCUUAAACCGUGGAUCAUGCUGAUCCAGGAACCGAUACUCGCGCUGAUUACUCUUUACCUUGGUUUCAUAUACGGCUUCCUGUAUCUGUGCUUCGAAGCCUUUCCAAUUACCUUCCAGGAGAAACGCGGUUGGAAUAAGGGAGUGGGCGCUUUGCCUUUUCUAGCAAUCACCGUUGGAGUGCUUGUUGGCGUGGCACUUAUUAUCUUCCAUACCAAGACCCGCGUGCAACGCCAAAUGAACGAACGCGGAGCGGUGGCCCCCGAGGAACGCUUGGUACCGAUGAUGCUUGGGAGUUUCCUGCUGCCGAUUGGAAUGUUUUGGUUUGCCUGUGCGUUUUCCUCUUCGCGGUCUUCAAGUCUUGGACUGUUCACUGAUUAG